CUCUCUCUGUCUCUCUCUCUGCCCCCCCUCUCUCUCUCUCUCUCUCUCUGCUCUACUGUGACAGUGUACAUCUCUUCUUUACCUGUCUGUCUUCCUCUGAUCAUGUCACUGCUCACAAUUUUAUUUUUUUCACCCGGACAACAUUAAAUCCUGCCAAAAAAAAUUAUACAGUUUGUACAAACACAGAGCAUGGUGUGUCUAUUGUGUACAUAGACUGUAAUAGAGUUGGUGAGAAGCACGUUUUCUCAAUAGCACAGGAGGACCUGUGUAUGUAGCUGUUUUAUCCUCUGUUGCAUCUGAGACCAUCCCUAUCUGUUAGUAGGAAACUCUGCUAGUUCAUGUCUUCAAAUUAGAAAUCCUCUUGGCUGAAGCCAUGUUAGGCACAGGUUUUGACACAUGGCUAUAUAAAUAAAGAUUCAAUUACAUUACAUUUACAUUUAAGUCAUUUAGCAGACGCUCUUAUCCAGAGCGACUUACAAAUGUAUUAAUGAAUUAAUUGACAAAUGGCUGUAUAUUGUAUCAUGGUAGAGCCAGGAUUUGUUCUUGACCAUGCGGCCUGACCAGGAAAAGCCACACACCUGUUUUUUUUUGCUAAUCAGGGCCCAGAGAUUUUUUCUGGUUAGAUCAUGUGGUCAAGAAAAUGACCUGUAAAAACCACCAGCCAAAUAUACAGAGUUGUGGAAUUGGUACAAAUGCUAAUUAAGGUUUCCAGUUAUUCGCUGGAAAUGCACUGAUGUUAGAUUUGGAUCUAUCUGAAGAUACCUUGGCUGUAAUGUCCACAAUGGUAAUGUCCACAAAAAGUAAAGUAAAGUGGAGUCAGAGGGAAAAUGUUGACAGUUGAGGGAGUAAUGGAAAGAGAAAGUUUGUCCGAUAGAUGUGUAGAAGAAAAAGGGAAGGUUUGAGAGUCCAAGACCUGUUAGUUUAGAAAUUGAGAAUUUGUUUGAGAGAUUUGGUUGAUAGAUCUUUAUCAUCAUCAUCAUCACAACAACAUAUUGUGAAUUAUUUAAGACUUGAUAAGGCCUUAACUUGUUUACAGAGGACGCAGACAUUAUUGUCUACCAAAAGAGGGGUUGUUAAAUUUUGCACCUGGUGGGCUCAAUCAUAAAAGCUUUCAUAUUCAUCUGAGCAUCCAAUCACAUGAUUAAUUCAACUGAUAAUUCAAUCAUUUGCAACAGUCACACAUCAUGAGACAAAACAAUGAGGUUGCUGGUCUGGGGAUGCCCCUAGGGGACUUCAGGUUGGGCAACCAAACUCACUGGUAGAAAAUCCCUUUCAAACCAGUAAGUAGUGACAUAGUGGAUUUAGCGUUUUGCCAUGACAAUCCCACCCACCUCCCUUCUGUUAAAGGGUCCUGGUUAUGUUACUGUUUUCUGUUUGUUUUUUUCACAAAAAUAAAAUGCUUGUAAUGGCACUUUCUAUGUACACCUGAGGAUGUGGCUUAAUUUCUUGAGUGCAAUUGUUGGAAUUUGGAUGGAAAAUGGAGCGCAUUUAUAAUAAACCCUACUUUGCCUGCUUUGUUUUCCUGCUACUGCUUGUCAUUUGCGUGCGCGGACCCAUGUUACGGGCGUUUCGCUCGAGCGUUGUUUUGACACUGUGGAACGAAGAGCGCGCGUUUGGAAGUACGGGAACGCGCCAAACAGUGCAGAUGUGUCGCAGAUUUGAGAAGUCACUAUCAGUUUAUUUCAAAGAGUAAGCAGAACGUUCUAUAUUGGACCAAUGGAGCUGUCAGCGAUUGGUGAACAAGUGUUUGCUGUGGAAUCAAUAAUCAAGAAAAGAGUUAGAAGGGGGAACGUGGAAUAUCUAUUGAAGUGGAAGGGAUGGCCCCCCAAAUACAGUACAUGGGAACCAGAGGAGCACAUCUUGGACCAGCGUCUGGUGCUGGCCUAUGAGGAAAAAGACCAAAAGGACAGAGCUCUAGGGUACCGGAAGAGAGGACCCAAAGCUAAAAGGCUUCUACUACAGAACACUAUUUACACCAUGGAUCUCCGUAGUGCCCACAAGGCCCCAGAGAAGCCUCCAGCUCGCCUACGUCUCUCCCUGACUCGCUCACUGGACUCUGAGGCAGAGGAUCCAACCUACGGGGCCUGUAGACGGAGCCUGCACCCCCACCUGGACCACCACAAAAACAAACCCAGGAGGUCACAGUUCGUGCACCUGGCCUCUCCCCCUGGUCCCCCUACCCCCACACAGGACCCCACACAUGAGGACUGGGGAAGGAGGGAAGAGGAAGAUGAGGAGGAGGAAGCUCGACAGGAUGAGUCAGAGCGAGAGACAGAGAUCUCCAGCGGCAUUCUGAAUGGGCAGAGUAGGGCAGAGGACUGGAUAUCCCUGAUUGGCUCAGAGGAAGUGACCGUGUCAGAGAGGUCGGACGUUUGGAACCCAGUGAAUGGUCCAGGGGAGGUGACCGUGACUGACGUCACCAUAAACUCUCUCACAGUGACUUUCAGAGAGGCCCUGGCAGCCAAAGGCUUCUUCAGAGGCUGGGGCUUAGAGUUCUAGAGAGUUCUAGAGGUUCUUGAGUUUUAUCGUCACACUGUCGGGAAUGCGUGAACUCUUUCUCCUCAUACGUUUACCCUUCUUCCCUUUCUGGCCUUGUGAGUGACCUCUGUCCACACUAUAACUUCCUCUUCUGUUCAAUACGCAGACUGUAGUGUACAGUAUACACCGACUACAUUGAGAUGGGCAUACACUCCUACAUCGAGCCGGCUAUACACUGUAUAUCAUAGCCUUCUAUACAAGAAAGGGUUUUGUGCACUGCAUAUGGACUGUUAAUAUUAGAAUAUUGGCUUAGAGUCUUGUAAUGAUUUUAGAAAUCCUCUACAAAAUGACUUAAUCAGCCUGCAUACUUUUCUCCUCUCCUCUAUGGGUACAUAGUGAUAAUCAAGACAUGUUGGAUCCCACUAACACCCUGCGCAACACACUGUCCUUAACACUGUCCUUAAAAGUGGAACCAAAACCUUUCUUAUUUUUUUUUUUUACAAAAGACUGACUUGGGAACAGUCUGUUCUGAAUUGCACUGUAUUUACAUCAUUUAUGUGGUCAUCUUUGUGGAAUCUACCAUUGGUCAGUUUAUCCCACUCCAAGCUGAGGCUGAUGGUGUCUUGUGAGUAUGACUCGGUAAAAUGAUCUCCCUCUGCGAUCACAAUGCAGCAAGGGAUUACGGGACUGCCUGAAGUUACUCUUUCUGGAGAUAUUUUGGGGCUUGUAAACGUGCGUCUGCACGCGCACUCACAAUGAAGCAACACUGACUGCCCCCUCUUUUUGGAUGUUUAUUAAGCUAUCCUUUGAGCUUGAAGUAAGAGGAAACAGACUGAAGGGUAUUGUCUUUUUAGUCCUUAUUUUUUUCUACAUAUCGAUCUGACAAUGUAAUUCACUGUAUUUAUUAUUUGAAGGAGAACUUGUGUAUUAGUAAAUACUGAACAGAUUUUUUUUGGUAACACUUUACUUGACACCCAGCGUCAUAACCCAUUGACAUGUUCAUAACCAUGUCAUAACAUACAUUUUGUUAUUUUAUGGCUGGUUAUGACAACUACACUACCAGUCAAAAGUUUUAGAACACCUACUCAUUCAAGGGUUUUUUUAUUAAUUUUUUAUUCUACAUUGUAGGAUAAUAGUGAAGACAUCAAACCUAUGAAAUAACACAUGGAAUCAUGUAGUAACCAAAAAAAGUGUUAAACAAAUCAAAAUAUAUUUGAGAUUAUUCAAAUAGUUACCCUUUUGCCUUGAUGACAGCUUUGCACACUCUUGGCAUUCUCUCAACCAGCUUCACAUGGAAUUCUUUUCCAACAGUCUUGAAGGAGUUCACACAUAUGCUGAGCACUUGUUGGCUGCUUUUCCUUUAUUCUACGGUCUGACUCAUCCCAAACCAUCUCAAUUUGGUUGAGGUCGGAUGAUUGUGGAGGGCAGGUCAUCUGAUGCAGCACUCAAUCACUCUCCUACUUGGUCUAACAGCCCUUACACAGCCAGGAGGUUUGUUGGGUCAUUGUCCUGUUGAAAAACAGAUUAUAGUCCCACUAAGCCCAAACCAGAUGGGAUGGCGAAUUGCUGCAGAAUGCUGUGGUAGCCAUGCUGGUUAAGUGUGCCUUGAAUUCUAAAUAAAUCAGACAUCGUCACCAGCAAAGCAACUCCUCCUCCAUGCUUUACGGGGGGAAAUAAACAUGCAGAGAUCAUCCGUUCACGCACACCGCGUCUCACAAAGAGGUUGGGACCAAAUAUCUCCAAUUUGGACUCCAGACCAAAGGACAAAUUUAUAUCGGUCUAAUGUUCAUUGCUCGUGUUUCUUGGCCCAUGCAAGUCUCUUAUUAUUGGUGCCCUUUACUAGUGGUUUCUUUGUAGCAAUUCAACCAUGAAGGCCUGAUUCACAGUCUCCUCUGAACAGUUGAUGUUGAGAUGUGUCCAUUACUUGAACUCUGUAAAGCAUUUAUUUGGGCUGCAAUUUCUGAGGCUGGUAACUGAAAUGAACUUAUCCUCUGUAGAAGAGGUAACUCUGGGUCUUCCAUUCCUGUGGCGGUCCUCAUGAGAGCCAGUUUCAUCAUAGCGCUUAGGUUUUAUGACUGCACUUGAAAAUGUCAAAGUUCUUGAAAUUUUCCAUAUUAACUUGACCUUCAUGUCUUAAAGUAAUGAUUAACUGUAAUUUCUCUUUGCUUAUUGGAGCUGUUCUUGCCAUAAUAUGGACUUGUUUUUUUUACUGAAUAAGAUUGUUUUCUGUAUACCCCCCUACCUUGUCACAAACACAACUGAUUGGCUCAAACUCAUGAAGAAAUUCCACUUUUAACAAGGUACCCCUGUUAAUUGAAAUGCAUUCCACUGGACUACCUCAUGAAACUGGUUGAGAGAGUGCCAAGCUGUCAUCAAGGCAAAGGGUGGCUAUUUGAGGAAUCUCAAAUAUAACAUAUUUUGAUUUGUUCAACACCUUUUUGGUUACUACAUGAUUCUGUCAUUUCAUAGUUUGUCUUCACUACUAUUUUACAAUGUAGAAAAUAGUAAAAAUUAAGAAAAACCCUUGAGUUAGGUGUUCUAAAACCUUUGACCGGUAGUGUACAUAAGUGUCAAAACCCACAAAACCUACCACACAAGGCAAAACAUUCCAUUACACCAUGGCCUGCCUGUCAAGUGUAUAUAUUUUUUUACAUUUAACAUAUUCAAUGCUCAUUGUAAUUGCGCACACAUUGAUGUCAGACAUGCACCUACCCCAAUGUGCUGUUGCUGAUGACUAGGAUAAAUGCGGGAGCAGGACAAGACACCCUCUUUUUGACUGAUGACUGACAUAACAGCAUGUACGUGAUGGGCUUAUAUAAUUAGGAUGGUCAUAAUGCUUCAUGACAUUGUCAGAGUAUUUUAAAGUUAUUUAAAAUAUGACAAAAUGUAUUACAAUAAAGGAUAAACUUUCAAGAGAAAGGAAACUUGUUGGCAGGGGAAGAAAAUACAAUAAAAUAUUGGUUUUGACAUGUGGGUCUCAUGACCAGCCAUAAAAUAACACUCACAACAGGUAUAAAUAUGGGUCAUUAGUGUUACAUGGUUAUGACACUGGGUGUCAAGUGUUACCUAUUUUUCUUCAGAUUAAACUAUGCGCUAAUGCAGUAGCCAUGACAAGACUCAUUUGAUAUUGCGAAUGUGGUUAGUUGCUUAAAUAUUCACUGCUGAGCAAAGACAUUUUGCACUUUAUGGUUUGUCUAAUCAAAAGCCAUUGUCUAUAACUUGUCAAUGUCUGAGAUUAUUUAUAUUGUACUAAAAAUAAAUGGAUGUUGAGCUUUAA